AUGAAAAUGCCUAAAAUGUUCUGCAAACAGGCUCAAAUCGAAUCGACAAAUGAUGUCAAACUGCACCAAUUUCUUCGAGAAAUCAUAUUAACUCUAGAAGCGCUCCUUAUAUCGUUUUGUGAUGCUGCUGCUGUGUCGCAAACUUCGAGUGCAGAAGUCCUUUUUACUUCUCUGUUUGAAGCGUUUUGGGAUUCAUCAUUUUUUUCAAGGAAAGAACUUUCUUUUCUCUCAACUUCCUGCCGGAAGUUUGUUGAUAAGAUCAGGAAUCUUCAGUGUCUCAUCCUAAUUAAAGCUGGUCGUCUUGACGAUGUCAGUCUCUAUGAUCCCGGUGACGGAAAAAAUGACCAUUUUCUUCGAAAAAGUUGUAGUCGUCUUCUGGCCAGUGUUUCGAGCCUUAAUAUUACCCAAGGAAAUGCUCCCUUGCUUUUGUUUGCUGCCGUCUGUGGUUCAGUUUUUGCGUCAUCAACAGAAGAAAUAAAUAGGGCGAAAAAUUACGCUACCAUUGCAAUUCGUGAAUUAGAUGUUUUUGACUACCUUUGUGACGUGCUAUUCGAACUGAAUUCGGCUCAAACGGUCAGACCAACUGUCUCUGCGUGGUCGAAUUUCGAUUUCCUUACUAUACCCGAAAGCCUGAGUCUGGUUUGUUUUUCCAGUCAUCUCGCUGUCUUUGAUCUUGUCACCCUUCUCGCUUGUGAAGUUGCUUUAGACUCCCUUGAGGACUACCGAACUGUCUAUACCCGUGUUCUGGCUAAAACUCUCUCCGUCGUUGUGCAUUGUAGUGGAGUUAUUAAUAGUAAAGAUGUCCAACCUGCAAGAAUUGGUCAACGCAUUGUUUCUAUUAUCGAGGACGUUGCCCAAAGAUUCCCAAUUGACUUGGACUUGUUACACCUAUGCACCUCACUACUUAACACUGGUAUCAACAAUGCAAUCGCUCAAGACGAGGAGAGUGUGACAGAUCUAGUGAUUCAAUUGAUCUCAAGUGUGCCUUACUUCGCAGAGCGGUGUCAACCUGCAGUCCUCAAGGAUUUCGUGCGCUUUCACGAUCCAGUGGAAGAAGGUGAAGAAAUGACCGUUAGUUUAGUGCGGCCGCGCUGGGCCCUCCCACCUGAUGGAACUGCACCAAUGCGGCAUUUUUCGUACAGUAAGACCUCGGCGAAUCAGUUGGCCGUCUCCAUUCCUGCUGGCACUAGAGGCGUUCUCAGGCAAAACGCAACGAUUGUCGUUUGGGAGCACGAAUAUUCUUUGUGGCCUGUGCUCAAUGCUAUUAUAGUUUCGGCCGAGCAGUUCCUCUUUUUAGACCAAGUAGAUCAGCAAGGCGAUCUUCCCUCCAGACCCACUGCUCUUGAGAUUUCAGUAGUAAUUUCACGUCUUGUCUCCGUUCUGGAUUUUGUUGAUGUCUGCUUACUGGCAAGAAUCGAACCUGCACGGUGUUUGACGAUUACGGAGUUAUUAUGGACUCUCGUUACCCGUAUAUUCACCGAGUCCUUGAGUGGAGAACGAGAAACUCCAUUGGGAGAUUUAUUAGCAACUCUAUCAGCCGAUCGCCUCCUACCUUGCCUAAUUCGUCUCACCGCUCAUUCCCUCACGUUUGUACUACCCUCUGGUACAGAAUGUGAUCUUGUCCAUGAAUUUUCCAGCGGUGUCUUUCGCUAUCUACAAGAUGAUCGCAUACUCUUUCCUUCAGCAGUCAUUCAAUGCCCAAGUAGUAAAAAACAAUCUACAGGAAUGCCUACUUAUACUCUGUCUGACUCUUGCCUUUUACGUAUCAUCUCAACAUCGUCGACAUCACCGUGGGCGGCUGAUGUUCCCCCAACCACUGCUUACCGCCUCUUAUCAGCAUAUUUAGACAUGUCGUUGGGUCUCUUAUCCGCAGAAAAGGCAGCAUUAUUCGCUGGCAUGGAGUCUUGGUUUACUGAGAACUUGGAGGAGGAAUCAAUGGUUGAUGGAUGUCACAGUCCCCUCCUAGCCUGUCUCAUUUUUUGUUAUGAUCUCCUCGCUGAGGUCGGUGGUGGUGACUCGCAUAAGUUUAUCAUCCCCAAACUGCUUAUGGGGUCUCCUGAUACGAAAUUGGGAAUUUUGCAUCUCGUUACCAAAGCUCUACUUUUUUUCGUGGAGCUUCUUACCUCAUACUCCCUGGAGAACGGUGACGGGUCUAUGGGCACUGCGGACGAACAGAAUCCACCGUCUCUGAAUUUGAACUUUCCUCUCUUCCACUAUCGUGACCUGUGUUCCUACGCACGUUGGCUUCUCGUUAACUCUGAGCCCCUUUUGAAUUGUCUUGCCUCUCUCACAAAGGUGCCUGUUGAGUCACUUCGGACACCACUCCAAUCCAUCGACUUCGAUUUCCUUCUAUUCUCUACUCGAUCGGAGGAGAAGCAAAUCGCCGGGGUCUCGGCCUUAGGCCAGUACCGAGUCCAAUCGACAUGGUUAGCAAUUACACUUCUACACAACCUCUUUUCCAAUCACUCCACGAUAUUACUGAAAAUCUUCUCCGUCAAUGACAUCACGUCCAGUGCUUACUUCCUUUGCCUCCUCGACUUCCUUGAUCCUACAUGUCCUGUGGGACUGACCCGAGCUGCAGUCAGCCUCCUCAAGAAAAUCACGCAUUUCUCUGAACGACUUGUAACGCCACACCUACAUGACAUUCAACCACGUCAACUGGGCUUUCUAGUCCACCGUAUGCGCUCCACAUCCGAGGACCAGGUCACGCGCACCGGUUUGUUUGAUUGGUUGGCAGAGGCUGUGAUGCAUGAUGUAAUGAGUGGUGCGACUUGUCCACCAUUUAACGGCCCAGGUUUUGGAUUCCUCCGAAUAAUUUCAUCAAACGCUGGCAAGGAAAAUUUAGAUGGCCUUCAGGGCAUUGUUAUCACUGCCUUGCAAGAGCUGAAGAAGGAUCAAAAUCUCGUCUCCAUCAAUCUUUACUGGGCCUUGCUGAAGUUGAUUUCAGCAAUAUGGAUGCAACCGAGUAAUCCAUUUCGUAUCCAACUGCGCGAGGCCGCUUGUUUUUGGAAUUGUCUCAGUGAUCCUUUUUUCAACCACAUGUCAGUGUUGAAGGAGUCUGAGGCAAAAUACUCAAUUGUAGACCUGGAGAUUUCUGGCAGCUACGCCACUGUUGUUGCAAUUGAAUUAUUUGAGUCUCUUAGGUAG